UUAUGAACAAAUCCAUUAUAGCGUAUGUCAAAGCUAUGACGUUUGUAAUAUUAUUUUGUCAAUCUCUGUUAGAUGCCAAUUCUGUUUUUAUUUUUCUGUAUUUUUUUAAACAAUAUUUUAAAAAGCCAUAACAAUUUAAUUUAAUAAUGGGGAAAAAGGGAGGCAAGAAAGGAAAAGUCGAAAAAGUUGUGGAAAAUGCUGAACCCUUACCAACUAUUCCUGAAGAAGGUGAUGUUAACCUUGAGCAAGCCAACCCAGAAGGGCAAGCAACAACCGAAGUUCACCAAAUAGAAUCUCGAAAAUCCUUAAGAAAAAGUAAAAGCAUUCUUAAAGAGCCUUCUACUGCUGAUGCCCAAGAACGCAGAAGUAGAAGCAAAAGUGUAGUCAUUGAAAAUGUCCCUAUAGCUGAAACAGCAGAUAAUAUUAGAUCAUCUGCCGAUACUGAUAAUAUUAAUGAACCAGACAAAACUACCGAUGAACAACCACAAAUCACAUUUGAACCUGAAAUAACUCAAGAUGUUCCAACUGAAGACAAAGGAAAAAAAGCCAAGGGCAAGAAAGGUAAAAAGGAUAAAAAAGAAGAUAGUGAAGCUGAUGAAACCACAGAAGAAGGUGAAGUAGAUGAAGAGAAGCCACAAAAGAAAGGAAAAAAGGGCAAAAAGGGCAAAACUGCAACUUUUAAAGAACAACCAGCUGAAGUUAUGGCAGCACCGGAAGAAGGAGUUGAAGCACCCAUCGAAGGUAAAAAAUCAAAAAAGAAAGGCAAAAAAGAUAAAACAGAAAAAGCUGAGGCAGUAGAUGCAGCAACUGAAACCGACGGAGAGAUGCCUCAAGAAGGAAAAUCGAAGACCAAAAAGAGCAAUGAAAGUAUAGAGAAAAUAGAGGCGGAAGAAGGUGAGCCUAAAAAAGGAAAAAAAGGCAAAAAGGGAAUUAAGGGUGAUAAAUCGAUGUCAAGUGAUAUGCUUAGAAGAAAACUUGAUAAAACAGACUCCAAAUUAGUUUCUGAUAGAACCAAAAGUUUUUCAUUCACUGCUAAAGAAAAGUCUAUGGAAUCGGUACAAAAGAGUACUGGAUCUCUACUAAAAUCUACUAAAAGAGACAAGGAUGAAGAUGAAACGUUUAAAGGAAUUACUCAGCAUAGGACGAGCUCAUUAAAAGAGUCCUCUGGAAUUGACAUAUAUCGAAAACGCUCUUCAAGACUAUCAGCGACCUAUUCAGAAAUUAGUACAGAAACAGCUGAGAUUAUUGUUGAAAAAGACGAAAAAGAAGUAGGGAAAAAGAAAAAAGAUAAAAAAAAGGGGAAAAAGAAAGCAGAAGAAGAAGAACUUACAGAAGAGGAAAAAGAGCAAAGAAAGCUAGAAAAAAAAGCAGAGAAAAAAGCUUUGAAAGCCGAGAAAAAGGCUGCAAAAAAAGCGGCUCGCCUUGAAGCAUUAGCUCGAAAGAAAGCUGAAAAAUCACUGGCCUUAGGCGAAGAUCUGGACCUAAAAAAGAAACUUGAUGAACUAAAAAAGGCAGCACGAGCUUUGGGUAUUGAUGAACAAACACUUGCAAAAAGUGCUGCUGAAACUGAAGAUCAGGGGGUGAAAAAAAAGCAAUCAAAAAAGGAUAAAGCGAAAAUAUCAGCAGAAAUGGCUGAAAAAGCUAAAGCUGAACAGGAGGCACAAGCUAAAAGAUUAGAAGAAUUAAUCAAGAAAAAAAAAGAAGAAGAAAGGUUGGCUGCAAUAGAAAAGGACAAAAGAGAAAUAUAUGAGCAAGGCCUGCGAGUGGAACAAUUAAACGACACUUACCUGCUGAUAGCGGAAGUCAUUAAUUCGAAUGUUGAGGCAAUCAGAGAAGAAAAAGAAAUAUUAGAAUGGCAAAAAUAUAUUGCUUGUGGCAAACUGCCUAAUCCGGCAAUGUGUGACCAAAUGAACACCUACUUGCAUUUGUGGGGCAUAGAUCUGGAUAAAACGAGUAUUGAAGAUGCUUCUAGCAGAACAGCAGAUGCAAUUAAGCUGCUAACUGACUUGGAUGAGUUGAUUGAUACGGUAUCUCCAGAAGAUUCUAGUAAACUUGAAAACUGGAAAUGGGUUCGGCAACUCUUUAGAGACUAUCAAGCCUCAAGCUUAGAUGUCGCCACUUACAGGCUUCUACGUAAUGUUGAACAUAAUCUAAAUCGCCUUAACAUACCUACUGCAGAUUUUAAUUUUAAAGAUGACAUUGUGACUCUUUGUAUUUGGUUAAGGGUUAUGUUGCCCAUACCGUUACCAAAUCCUAGAAGACCACCAAAACCUCGAAUAGAUGUCACUUUUAAACUCAUGGAUGUGAGUGUGCUUUUUCCUUUUACAAUCGAUUGCGAAAAUGCUGCCCUUAGAGCCAUGUACCUGAAAUACGACCAUCUUAGUGAUCUAAACGAGAACUUUUAUAUGCCCCCUGUGCCUGACGAUUACCACAUGGAUUUAUUUUCUAUUACCAAAAAGGAAUGGCAAUACAAACUAAAAUAUAAAUACGAUAAUAGGGAUAAAGAAACGAAACGUAGUACUCGUGAUGAAAAAUUAGAAGUCCAGGAAGAAGUCCAACUAGGAUCAGAGAUAGCAGAAGAUAAUAAGAGUACCCCAGAAACAGAACCCAUGAUUAAAGAUGAAAAGAAAAUUAGUAUUAAAUCUGUGGAAGGUGAAAUUAUCGCACCCGACGAAACGGAACCAGAAAUUCCAAUUGUACCAUUUAAACAACUUAAUCCUACUGCAAGUGAAUUUGCAAUAUCCCUAGAAGACCAACUGUAUGAUAGUACAAGAGACCAGCUUCGUAUAGAAGUACCCGAGAACGUGAUAAAUUUAAGAAAAUUCGUUAUACUGGGGGGCGUUUAUCAUCUUAAUUUAUUGGCCCAACCUCCACAGCCACAAAAUUUUAUUACUAUGGAUAUGACCAUAACAGGAUUAUACCUUCCAAAAAAACUAGAGGUUCUUCCUUUUAAAGUUGUAUACACUCCAUACGUACCUCCGCCAGAUCCAGAACCCAGCGAGUCAAAUACCAGCGUGAGAAAACUACCAGAAGAAUUGGAAGAAGAGCAAAAGAAAAUGGAAGAAGAAUUGGAUAAACUGAUUUUGAUUAAUAUUAAGUGGCCACAGCAUGUUAUUUUCCUAGAACUUCCAAUAGUAUGCCGUUGGGACGAUGUAGAAAAACGAUGGUCCAGCGAAGAAAUCCAUGACGUAAAACAUAACGAAGACAAAUGCAUGUUAAGCUUCAGGACCGGUGUUUUUGGAAUUUAUGCUUUGGCAGCCUAUAGAUAUUCAAAUCUGCCUUUUCAGGCUUACGAUAUUAAGCCCGAGGUUGAUGAAUCUGUAACGGUUCAACUCACUGCGGCAAUCUUAAUGUUGGAAUUUAAUGUUAAAAAUGGUCUGAUUGCCAUCACUCAAUUGCAAAACAGUCCUAAUAUGACUUUACAAGAUUGUGUUGGAAAAUAUAUGAAACUUCACAAGCUUAAAAGAAUGAUGAAAGAAGCCGGAAUAGACAUAUUUCCUGAAUUUGAUGCAUUUUGUUACGUAGAGGGGAGUUGUGAAAAACAAUGGGCCAUGGAACAACAUCUGUACUAUAAUAUGGCACAGAUAUCGAACUGUUUUAAUUUCGCAUGGUCAAGGUGGAACUUGCAAGCUGGAAGAAGACAAAUUGUCUUGCAGAUGAGACAAUAUUUGCCAGAUAAAGGAAAACAGAAAAACCACCAAAUGUUACUCGUCACCCCACUAAAAGCAGCUUUUGUGGACUGCACUGAAGUUAGCCCGGCGUUUUCAGACAAAGACGUGGAAUCUUUGAAGUUUUGUGCUGACCUUUACCAUUUAAUGAAGAUCUCCAAUGGCAUUUUUGUAAGAAACAAAGUCAGUAAGACCAAUAAACAAAAUGUAUACACUUUGGCGCAAUUCCUUAUAUCGAUUCGGGUAUUAAGUUUUUCAUAAAGGAUUUCCACAAACAGUAAA